AUGGCGGCGGCGCGGCGUGGCGAGCAGCUCGACCUCCCCAGCUUCCUCGGCAGCGGCGGCGCCGCGGUGCCGCCGCUGCUGUACGCCGACGACAUGGUCCUGCUGGCCACCUCAGCGGCCGGGCUGCAGCGGCAGCUAAACCUGCUCCAGCAGUACUGCCGGCAGUGGGGCCUCACUGUCAACAUCGACAAGACCAAGCUCUUGCUGCUCAGUGGGCGGCGGACCCAGCACGCGGCGCAGCAGACAGCAGAGGCAGCAGGCCUCACCUUCGCCGGCCAGCAGCUGGCGGCAGUCACCAGCUUCAAGUAUCUCAGCAUCGCCUUUCACUCCAGCACCUGCCUGGCAGGGGCAGCAGCGCCAGCCCGGGCACAGCUGGCGCGCCUGGCUAUGCACAACUGCCGGACCCGCUGCGCAGAGGUGGGCAUAGAGGCGGCGCCCGUCCAGCUGCGGCUUUUCGGCACCAUGGUGGACUCGGUGCUGUCCCAUGGUGCUGAGGUGUGGGGCGUGCAGCUGGCGGCCAAAGCGGCGUGCUGCCAUCGUGGCAGUGCCGGCAGCGCGGCCGAGAAGCUGCAACUCAGCUACCUACGCCACCUGCUGGGGGUCCGGCAGAGCACCCCCAAUGCGGCCCUCCUUGCGGAGACUGGCGAGCGCCCGCUGUGGCAGCGCUGGCUGCGGCGGGCAGCCAAACUCUGGAACAAGACGCUGGAGGAGCGUCCCGGCAGCCUGUUGCAGCAAGCGCUGUUGUCCAGCGUGCAGCUCGCAGAUGGCGCCCACCCCCUGGCACAGCAGUCCUGGGCUGCCCAGCUGGCGGCCGAUCUCGCAGCGGUCGGCAUGCAGCUGGACCUGCAGCAGCCAGCACCUGUUGACCUCGGCGAGCUGGGGGAAGCUGCGCAGCGCCGCCAGCUGGCGCAGCUCCAGGAGGCGCUGGCGAAGGGCGGCGCCAGCCGGCUGGAGCACUAUGUGCACAACGUGGUGGGCGCCCUCAACCUGGCGCCCGCCAUGUUUGGGCAGCGCGAGACCUACCUGGAUGCAGUACGGCGUCGGCAGGACCGCGAGGCGCUGGCGCAGCUGCGCACCGGGUCGCAUUGGGGCGCGGAAGAGACCGGCCGCUGGACGCGGCGCCCCCGAGAGCAGCGAGUCUGCCCCCACUGCCACGACGGCAUUGAAGAUGCCCCCCACAUGCUGCUCACCUGCCCCCUUUACGCCCCGCUGCGCCUCAACUUUCCUGACCUGUUUGCUGAGCCCCAUCCUCCCCACCGCUUCCUCCGCCAGAAACCGUGCCGCCUCGCCGCCUUUGCUGCCGCCUGUCACCAGCGCUGGCUGACCGCCACCGUUGCGCUGCCUGCAGUCCCGCCCUGA